CUGCUCCGCCCCCGCACCACAGGCCCUCAGCGGGUCACACAGCAACAUGAUGGCGCCUGGAGGAGCCCUAGCUUCGGUCCAGUCGUAGUGUAAAGGACCGGUGUUGACCCGGCAGGAUGAACCCCUGCGCCCAGUAUCUGCGCCAGGCGGAGGCCCUGAAGGCUGACAUGACAGACUCCAAGCUGGGGGCAGCAGAGGUGUGGACGUCCCGCCAGGCGCUGCAGGAUCUCUACCAGAAGAUGCUGGUGACGGACCUGGAGUACGCUCUGGACAAGAAGGUGGAGCAGGACCUGUGGAACCACGCCUUUAAGAACCAGAUCACCACCCUGCAGAGCCAGGCCAAGAACCGGGCCAACCCCAACCGGAGCGAGGUCCAGGCCAACCUGUCGCUGUUCCUGGAGGCCGCCAGCGGCUUCUACACUCAGCUGCUCCAGGAGCUCUGCACCGUCUUCAACGUGGACCUGCCCUGCCGCGUCCGGUCGUCUCAGCUCGGCAUCAUCAGCAGCAAGCAGAGCGGCGGCGGCGGUGGCGGCAUCAUCACGCCUCAGCCCAGCUCCUGCUCCUACAUCUGCCAGCACUGCCUGGUCCACCUGGGAGACAUCGCUCGCUACCGGAACCAGACCAGCCAGGCAGAGUCGUACUACAGACACGCAGCCCAGCUGGUUCCAUCCAACGGUCAGCCCUACAACCAGCUGGCCAUCCUGGCCUCCUCCAAAGGAGACCACCUCACCACCAUCUUCUACUACUGCCGCAGCAUCGCCGUCAAGUUCCCCUUCCCUGCAGCCUCCACCAACCUGCAGAAGGCUUUGUCCAAGGCGCUGGAAAGCCGCGAUGAGGUCCGAACCAAGUGGAGCGUCUCUGAUUUCAUCAAAGCCUUCAUCAAGUUCCACGGCCACGUCUAUCUGAGCAAGAGCCUGGAUAAACUGGACCCCCUGAGGGAGAAGCUGGAGGAGCAGUUUCAGAGGCUGAUCCUGCAGAAAGCCUUUAGCUCCCAGCAGCUGGUCCACAUCACCGUCAUCAACCUGUUCGAGCUGCAUCACCUCAGAGACCUGACGGCCGACGGCGGCGAGCCCGGCUGCAGCGGCGAGCAGCAGCUCAGCUGGUUCCAGCUGCUCGGACUCUUCGUGUCCUUCCUGGGAGUGAUGUGCAGCCGGGUUCUGCUCGACAAGAACCGAGGGGAGGAGCUGAUGGGGGAGUGUCCUCUGCCGGCCAUCAAGCUGUCCUUGGAUUGGCUCAAACUGCGGAGCAGCAUCUUCCAGGAAGCGGCCGUGGAGAACAGGAAGUACAUCUGGCCGUGGCUGGUGUCCAUCCUCAACAGCUUCCAGCCCAGAGAGGAAGACCUCUCCUCCUCCUCUUCCUCCUCAGUGCUGCCGCUGCCGGAGGAGUUUGAGCUGCAGGGUUUCCUGGCGCUGCGACCGGCUCUCAGGUGUUUGGACUUCACCAGAGGUCACCAGGGCAUCCUUCUGGAUCGGGACGGGCUGCCGCUGCACGCUCGCCACCAGCGGCUGAUCGCUCUGGGGAAAUGGAUGGCCGACAACCAGCCGGGGCUGAUCCGGUGCCGAGUCAACGAAGACGGGCUCCUCCUCUUCCUCACCGACAUUCCAGAGGAGGCCAUCCCGGAGCCUCAGGAGAAGGAGGCCCCGGUGCUGCAGGAGUCGUCCAACGGUGAGCAGAGCCAGAACGACGGCGGCACUGCGGGCCUGAAGUCGGUUCUGUCUGCCGGGAAGACGCAGAGCUCGUGGUCGGACAGCGGUGAGCGGCCCGUCGUCACCUUCAAGGAGAACAUCAAGCCCAGAGAGCAGAGCCAGGAGCCCGCCAGGAACCUCCCACUGAAAGACCUCGGCAAGGAGCGCCGCGACUUAUGCAAGGGCAACGGGACCGCCGCCGGCACCGGCGCCGCCAUCGGGAAAGGAGAGCCCAAGAGGGACGGGAAGAGGAAGAGCGAGAUGAAGAAGGCCGGCCAUGAGAAGACGGCUGAUGUAGGCAAACAGGUGAAGGCUCAGACGGAGCUGAGGAAGACUCCGGUCUCUGAGGCCAAGAAGACUCCGCCCACCCAGACCCAGACCACCUGCUCGUCCCAGUUCAUCCCCAUCCAUCACCCCGGAGCGUUCCCCCCGCUGCCCAGCAGACCCGGUUUCCCCCCCUCGGCCUACGUCAUCCCCCCCCCUGUGGCGUUCCCAGGCCUGCAGGUGAAUCCAGGCUUCACCUUCCCCGCCGGAGUCUCGGUCCCCGCUCCUUUCCUCCAGUCUGCGGUCCACGGCGGGGCGGGCGGCCAGGCUGGGAAGCAGUCCCACAUUCCCUACAGCCAGCAGAGACCGUCGGGGCCCGGCUCGGCGGGCCAGGGCCCGGGGCCCCUCAACCAGGUGCCCUCCCAGGCUCAGCAGCAGCAGCCGUCCCCCCAGCAGGCCCUGCAGCAGUCGGUGCAGCUGCAGGUCCAGGCCCUCAGUCAGCAGCAGCAGUCGCCCACCAAACCGGUGCAGCAGGGGGGGAUGGGUAAGAGCCCGCCCCACCACCCGGGCCUGCAGCAGUACAUCCAGGACCAGACGGCCCCCAUGUGGAACCAGUCCCAGGCGGCGCUGCAGAAGAUGUCCCCCCUGCAGAUGUCCAUGAAGCAGCAGCAGGCGUUCUUCCUGGGGGGCCAGGACCCCCUGAAGCUGUACGAGCAGCAGCUGCAGCCUCAGAUCUCCAACAUGGACAAGAAGAUGAAGUUCCCUGACGUGAAGAUCCAGGACUUCUACUGGGAGCCGUCGUACCGGAUGGAGCGCACGGCGGAGGGGCUGGCCAUGAUGGGGGACAGGAUGAAGAGGCCCCCUCCUGGUGGGAUGUGUGUGGAGCAGGAGGUCCCUACGGGGCCCCGAGGAGCCCCAUUCGAGGACAAGAGCUCGCCUUUCCUUCCUCCUGACCUGUUAAAAACUCUAGCAGACUUUGAGGAGGACGAGGAGCUGAUCUUUGCUAAGCCUCCUGAUUUCUUCCAGGCGCUGGCCGGCCCCCUUAGCUCUGCUCCUGGACCCAAUAUCUUUCUGCCAAACCAGAGCAGGAUGGAGAGCAGCCAGGAGGCGGUGGGCCAGUCGUCGUCUCUGCUGCCCAUCAGCGGCUUCCCAGUGCAGGAGUUUAACCACAGCAGCAUCUUCAGCCAGGCCUACGGGAAGAACCUGCCGCCCAGCUCCAAACCCGACUCUCCCAUGAUGCAACAGGAGCCCUCCCUCUACUCGCUGUUCCAGGGGAACCCCUGGUCCCCCUCCCUCCCUGCCAGCUCAGACCACUCCACCCCAGCCAGCCAGUCCCCCCACUCCUCCAACCCCAGCAGCCUGCCCUCCUCCCCUCCCACCCACAGCCACGGAGCCGUGCCCUUCUCCAACUUUGGCCCCAUUGGAACCCCAGACAGCCGAGACCGGCGGGUCGUGGACCGCUGGAAAGCUGAGAAACCAGGAAGUGGCUUUGGUCUGGACUACCUCCCAGCUGCAGCGUCCUCCUCAGGCCCUGAGCCCAGUUGGCACCAGGGCGGUUCCACAGGGAGUUCCUGGACCAAUCAGGAGUCUCCGAUGGACGAGUCGUCCUCCACUGUGCUGCUUGACAGCCUGAAGUCCAUCUGGUCCAGCUCCAUGAUGCAGCCGGGCCCGUCGGCGCUGGAGCAGCUCCUUCUGCAGCAGAAGCAGAAGCAGCAGAGAGGCCACGGCGCCAUGAACCCGCCUCACUGAAGCGCAGCGCCAGGCGGCGCUUUGUGUCCGGACGAACCACCACCAGGAGGAACAGAGGAAAAAAAACACACAUCAAUUAAACCGGCGAGAACCGGUGGAGGCCGGGGAGGCGAGGCAACCCCCCGAUGAGGCUCAAUCACACCCCCACCCCCACACCCCCCUCGGCUGUUCGAGGAGCGGCGACGCCCCUCCUGGAUCGGAGGGUGCGGGAUCUCUUGAACGGCGGCGCCGCGCUGCCGCCGGGUUUCCUUCAACCGGCUGAACUUUGAGGAACCCCCCCACCCCAACCAACACCCCGACCCCCGAACUCAGAACACCUGGACACCUCCACCUUUCUUCUUCACGGGAACAAGGAGGACGUCACUCUGAGGACGGGGUGGUUUAACAGGGAGGGGGGGCAGGUGGAGCGCAGGGGGCGGGACUUUCUGAUCUCCUUUCAUUUUCAUCGGAGUGGGAGGAAGAGGAGGAGGAGGAAGGCUUUAAAUACCUACUGAUCAUAUAUGGGCUUAGUUGGACCGGGGGUGGACGGGACGGGACCUCCCAGCUGCAGACCGCAGGAGGUCGUGGGUCAGAAGCGGCGAGCCGGCCCAUCGUAGGGGUAGUGCUACUGUUAGCGUGCUACUGUUAGCGUGCAGAGAUUCCACAUAUUAACUCCUGAAGAUUAACGUGUAUUUAGUGAUUUUGUUCGUAGCAGUUUUAGCUUCUCGCUGCUUCAUCCAGGAGCUUCUUUCCUGAAGACUCACUGCCUCUACUUCCUGUACGGCUUUACUCCACGAAGAAGAAGAAAAAA